AUGACACUAGCUCCGAUCCCGUCGGCACGGGCUUGCGCGCCUCGUCGGGCAUCAUGGUCGCGGCGCUGCCGAAGGGGGGGAACGCAAGGGAGGGGGGGGGGCCGCGACGACGGCGGGGAGCCGGAGGAGUGGAGUGGAGUUGCGCGCGAGGCGGAGAUAUCUCUGCGCGUAUCUGGAGAGAGGCCGACGGGAGCGACGGGGAAGAGGGGAGCUGAAGGUGAGUUGGGGUGA